CAAUGAGAUUGGAUUUUCUAACCUACUAGAAUAAUAUUUAAUGAAGCACACAGUUAACGGUACUUAACUCUUAGAAUUUUCUGAGGUUUUGACAAAAUGUUUAUGUAUUAAUAUUCCUAAUGAAUAGUAUACGACUUUGUAUAAACUAUUUUGUCCUUUGGUUUAAGACAUCUAAGCUAAGGGUUUCUAAAUACCGACAAACAAAGGGGCACGUUUUGGAAACUUUCUUAAAAAUGUCGCUCUAUUUCAUUGCCCAGCACUGUACAUUUUCAUUUCAGUUUGCUCCUACUAAUGCUCCUUUAUUACAAAAGUAUGUGCAUAUGUAUAUAUUCCCCCAUCUUACAAAUCUAACGGUAAUUUAGUAUAAAUUAUUACGUAAUAAUAACUUAUUAUUACAUAUAUGUACAUACAUCUGUAUGCAUUUGUAAAUAUAUAAUUAUACUUUUAUCAGAUCAAAUUUUAAGAAAUAAAUCGUUGCAAAAUGAAAGACGCAACGGAAAAAACAAAUUAUAUUAUAAUUCGAUUUUUAAACAAAAUUACUAAUUGUAUUAUUUAAUUUUAUUGCAUUCACUCUAGUGAACAUAUAAUUUCCGUUCUUUUCGACCAAAAAAAAAAAAGAAAUGUAUAUCAAAAACCCCAAUCUUUGACCCCACUGCCUUCUGAUCUCCGUAUCACUUUGCUGACGACGUGCUCACUGCGAUCACCGCUGCAGCAGCAUGCAAACAGUAUAACGAAUAAGGAGCAUAAAACAGAAUCGACGACCGGUCCGCUCUAUGUGCAUACUUCCGAAUAUUUCUCGGCGUCUGCACGCAUUCGCACGCGGCUACGUUGCUGAUAGCGAGACAGAUUGGGGAGAAACGUAUAUACAUAUUUAUAGUAUAUACAUAGAUAGCAAUAUAUAUAUAUAGCAUAUGAAGUAAAAAUAAUAAAGAAGUAUGAAGAAUGAAAAACGAAAAACGAAACAGUUUAAAAAAUUAUCCAUGCCUUAUUUUAUGCACCGCAGCAUUUGCGUCUGCCAGCUGAUCUGGCUGAUCGCGCGCAGCCAACUUGUUUCGUCUGCUUCGCUGUCAGCAUUUUCAUUCUCGUCACUUUAUGGGCUCCAUACCGGGAGACGCAUACCGCUUUUGGUUGAUUCGCCCCACGUUUAGUUCAGUUGCUUUCAAAGCGUUGUCGUUAGCAGUUCGUUUGUGUGACAUACAGUCCGGUACACAUCCACAACUAGUUGGCUUCUCGUUAACACUCCCCCGUCCAACAGCCGCACAAUUCACUUGCAUAGCAGUAAUUCCGUGUAUUUCGGUUCUUUGUGUACGGUACGAAUUGAAUUUGUGAAUAAAACAAUUAAAAACAAAAUAAAAGCGACAGCACAGAAACUGAAAAAAUACUUCAACUGUUCACCACCCACUCCCCCACAAUAGCCAAAACAUGCCGCAGUGUGAGCAAAAUGGCGGUAUGGGCAUCAUUAAAAAGCUGCGUCGUUCUGCCUCCGCCACCGAACACAAUCUCAGUGAAUUGCGGAAACGACGAUCCAGUUCGGCAUUGUUAGACCAAAAUGGCAUACCUAUAGAUCUGAAUAAAUAUCGAAAAGUUUUGGAUAAAGACGACAAUGGCAAUGGAAAUGGAAAUGGUGAAAAGAAGCAGAGAUAUCGGCGGACGCAGAGCGUUACACGUGCCGAGGAGAUUCAAAGUAAAGAGGAGAAACAGCGUAAAGAACAGCCAGACAAACCUUGCCACCGCCCGCGUGAUUCGUUGUUUUCAUGGAGUUCGGGAUUUAGUAAUUUCACCGGGCUCGUUAAUUGGGGUUUCCUGCUUUUAACAAUUGGGGGAUUUCGAUUGUGCUUAGAAAACCUGCUCAAAUAUGGCAUCAGAAUAAAUCCUUUGGAUUGGUAUUACUUCAUGAGUGGCAAGACCCAGGGACAAGAAGGACACGCUUCGCUUUUAUUGAUUCUAUAUUCUUUUGUGCACAUCUCAAUAUGUCUAAUGGUGGAAAAGGGUCUAGCCAUGGAAAUCCUCUCAGAAACUUUUGGAAUGUUCGUACAAGUAACCAAUAUAAUAUUAGUCGUUUUCUUGCCGGUGAUCAUAAUUCACCUAAAGGGUGAAGCAUUCAGUUUAAUUGGCGCUUCCUCUGUAUGCUUUAUUUAUUCCUUAUUAUUUCUAAAGCUAUGGAGUUACGUUCAGACGAAUAUGUGGUGUCGGCAGACCUACUACCUUAAGCAGUACAAUCCUCGUGAGAGGCGACCAAGUAUAACAGUAGCGGAACUGCAAAAUGGUUACUUGGGUGAUGAAAUCGAUGAGGAUAUACCAAAACUGGUCCAGUAUCCAGACAAUCUCUGCUAUAAGGACUUAUUCUACUUUCUACUUGCACCUACAUUGUGUUAUGAGCUAAACUUCCCCAGAACUACACGUGUACGCAAGCGUUUCCUAUUGAAGCGUCUACUUGAAGUGCUAUUCGGUUUCAAUGUUAUUAUGGCUCUAUUUCAACAAUGGAUUAUACCAUCGGUACGCAAUUCACUUAUACCCUUCUCCAACAUGGAAGUUGGAUUGGCCACUGAAAGGCUUCUUAAGUUGGCGUUACCUAAUCACCUAGUUUGGUUGUGUUUCUUCUAUUUGCUCUUCCAUUCAUUUUUGAAUGCUGUUGGGGAAUUAUUACAUUUCGCUGACCGCAAUUUCUAUUGCGAUUGGUGGAAUGCAAACAAUAUUGAUACAUUCUGGCGCACAUGGAACAUGCCAGUGCACAGAUGGUGUGUGAGACAUUUGUAUGUACCAGUUGUGAAGAUGGGAUAUUCAUCCGCUCAAGCGUCUACUAUCGUUUUCCUAAUAAGCGCCUUCUUCCAUGAAUACUUGGUAUCCAUACCAUUGCAAACUCACAAAAUAUGGGCUUUCCUAGGUAUGAUGGGCCAAAUACCCCUAUCGGCGAUAUCAAAAUCCAUUGAACGUAAAAUGGGCCCACGUAUGGGCAACAUCAUUGUUUGGGCAUCGAUAAUAUUGGGACAACCGUUAUGUAUAAUGAUGUACUACCACGACUACGUUGUGACACACUAUCACGAUGCGUUGAAUAGCACCGUUUAUACUGAAGGCUAAAUAUUAUAAUUUAAUACGUUUUAUACAAUAGUGGAAAGCUUAUAGAAACGAGUACUUAGAAUGCAAUGCGAGUAAACCUUGUGAGAGCGGUGGCACAUGUGAAAGACAGACUUUGCUCUAAUAGGCGAAAAGCUAAAAUAUUUGUCGGCAAAUUGUUAUUAUUAUUUGCUAUUUUUAUAAAAAAAUAAAACAUGUUAAUUUAAGCUGUUAUAUUUUUGCCACUUUACAAAGAACGUAAGAAAAUUGAUAAUGGCAAUGACUUUGAAGCACAUUUAGCGUUACUUGAUAGACUUUUAGACAUAAAAUGAAUUGUUUUGCAUUUAAAGAAAUUUUUGAUUGUUAAGUUAAACUGCAUGCUUUAAACUAAAGUACACACAUAUGUAAUAGUGUUGAAUUAAGUUUUGUAAAUAAAUAUAAAAGAAAACACAUUAAAAGAAAAUAUAAAACUGAAGAGUGAUAAAUAUGCAUAUAAAGUAUAUACACGUACAUAUAUAUGUAUAAUGAAAAUAGUUUGUUUCUUUUUGUAGCAAUUCUCUCGCUUUUCGUAACGGCUGUUUUAUGAGACCACUGCAAACGUGUCUGAAUUCACAUCCCAUUAUAUUUAUAGACGAUUUUCAAACCCACUUCUAAUAUCUUCUGUAACAUUUAGUAAAGCGGCGAUAUAAUUAAUGAGUAAUGUAUAGUAUUAUGUAUGUGCAUAUGUGCAACUAGGAUUUCAACUAAUUUAAGACAAUUAUGAAAACAGGAAACAACGUAUAUUUUCAAUAACCGAAUACAUUUUUGACAGUGGUUAGUGAUGCCAAAAACUAUUUUCAGUACUAGUGAUGACAUUUCCUAAUGAUUACUAUUUGACACAAAU